AUGUAUACGAAGGGUGCUAUUCAAGGUCUGUAUGCAGAGGUUCUCGGGCCAGCACUAACCACCCUAAUGCACGAUAUCCCUGCCAGUUAUAAAGAAAUCGGGCAGGCUUUGUCUGUUCGUGAGGUGGGGAUGUUCUUCGGCUCCCUUCUUGGAGCAGUACUGGCUGAUCGGUUCGUGUCGCGUAGGAGUUGCACCAUUGCUAUCAGCCAAGUAGUUGGCGCUAUUACGAUCUUUGCAGUGGCUUGGUGCCGGAACCUCCCCUCGCUCUGUGCCACCCUCUUCUUCUCCGGUUGUGCUCAUGGUGCCCUUACUUCAAGUGAGUUUUCCUUGAACAUCUUUGGUUGCCUUCUCACAGAUUUUUACUAUUACAUAUUGCUUGCCUUUGCGUCUUACUUUAGACCCAAUUCUGUCUUACUUAACCGUGGAAAGCUAAAAGUGCAGUCAGAAAUAUGCAUGGCUAAAUUGUAUCGUCUGCUGUGA